AUGGGCCCGGGAGCGGGCCUGCCGUCCAACGUGGGGGCGUGCCUGGGCGCGCGGCGGGUGGUGGUGACGGAUAUCUCGGACCCGGAUCUGCUGGAGACGAUGUGGCGGAAUGUGAGGGGGUGUGAGCUCCUUCCUCGGAGCGGGGGGAGGAGGGGGAUAAAGAGCUGCCCAUUGUGGCGGAGGGGUUGGGUUUGGGGGGCGGAUCCGGGGAGGGUGUUGGGGUAUCUUGGUGAGGGUGAGAGGGGGGAGGGGUUUGAUGUGUUGGUUUUGGCGGAUCUGUUGUUCCCGGCAUUCGGAGCACAGGAAAUAUGCUGCGCCACGGUGCGGCAGACGCUCAAGAAGAGUAAGGAGAGCAAGGCGUUUGUGGUGUUUACGAGUUAUAGGCCGUGGCUCCAACAUAAGGACUUGGCGUUUUUCGAUGUGGCGCGGGAAGAGGGGUGGGUGGUGGAGAAGGUGCUAGAGAAAAAGAUGGACAGGCCGCUGUUUGAGAAGGAUCCAGGGGAUGAGGAGAUCCUCAAGACGGUGACGGGGUGGGAGCUGCGAUGGCCUGAGGAGGCUCUAGAGGAAGGCGACAGGCCAUGA